UGUAAAAAAAAAAGGUUAAUAAUAUAUACUGAGAAAAAAAUCAUACAAAAAAUCACAGUGGAAAAUGCUAGAUUUGGAGUGUAACAGAUUAAUCAAUCUGAUUUCAUUAAUUUAAUCUUCAGAUUCAGAGGAGAAGAAGCUUCAUCAACUAAACAUUGGAAGCGAUCGUCAUCACAAUAAUCACCACCGACAUGCCUAUUAGAAGUUUAAUAGAAGUGGAGCCUCCAAGUCCACUCAGAUACCUAAUCGGAGCCGCCGUAAUGAUGAUCGGAGUUGUUUUACCGGUCGGUUACAUGAUGUUCCGAAAUAAGCGCGUUCCUUCCUCUUCCUCCUACACCAAACAGACGUAGGAACAAGGUUUUGAUAUAGAGAUGAUGAUAAUGGUAGUGGCGGUGAUAGUGAUGAGGUGAGAGGACUCCGAUUUAGUUGAUUUGGGUUUGUCAUUAGCUAUGUUUGGAGGAAAUGCUUGAUUAGGUUAUAGAGGCUUUGACAGAUCUAUCAUUUGUUCAAUUGUAAAAAUGCAUUGACAUUCCAAAUCACCUAACUGGUUGUUAACCUUAUUAUGAACUCUGUAUACAUGCCAUUGUCUUUCCAUUUUUUUACUUAUGGAGUUCAAUGUUGUGCACCUUACUCCUUUUACUA